AUGUUACUAGUGUUGCUACGUGCACGCGUAUAUAUCUCCGCCUCGCGGAUUUGUCGCAAUGUCUCGUGUCGUUUGGAAGCAGAGUCGGAGCGAACAUGGACGUAUAGCGAGGCAAAGAGCGGAGCGAAGCGGAGCGGAGCGACGCGGCGCGGCGCGACCUUGUCCUUGAGCAUAAUCUUUCCUCGUUAUCGGACGGUCGUCGAGGCUGCGGUCGCAUCGGACCGACUGCGAACGAUUAGUGCAACUCCCGACUGUGCGUCAGCCUUCUUUUUAUAUUUGCCUGUUUUCCUGAGGACUGUUUUCCUGAGAAGAAAGAUAAUCCGAGUACCUCAAAUCAUGACUGUCACGAGUCAUCUUGAACGAGCGCUAUUGGUUAUCAGUGAUACCCCCCAGGUUCUAGGAAGCAAAGUCGCUAUCGCUGACCUUGCUAGCGAAAUACUUAACGCAGCGGCACGUGUGCGACGACGUAGAAGCUGACGAAGCAGAAGAGACCCGUGGAUAACGAACGAAGACGCGUGAAAGAAAAGGAGCCUGCAGUGGCGCGAUGUUUAAUUAAGACAUUAUCUAUUUUGAUAUAUAGUAUAGGCAACGCACAGCAUGUUUAGAUCAU